GAGGAGCAGUGCAAGGGCCACUCAUUUCUGAGCUGAAGUCACUGGAUCCCAGGCCCCUAAAAUAGCCGUACAGAGAGUAUAUAGGAGUCCUCUCUCACUCAAUCUGGCAGACAAGGCUUCUGUUCAAUUGCAAGAAACACUGUGCGUAGACUAAGUUCACAUUCAGGCGGGGAAAUUCAUAAGCAGGCGAGGAUCGAAGGAAAGCUCUGGAUUUGAUCGCAGGAAAAGCAGGAGAUACUUCUGGACGCUUAAAGGAUAAUAAGGAAGCGAGAGGAGGAAAGAGGACUCAGAGCCGAGGAUACUUCUCUUUUUGUUGGAUUUGAGUGGACUCUUGGAUUUCUCACUUUCCUCCUCCUGGGCUGACAGCAGAGGAGGAGGCCGAGCAGCAGGGAUGAAGUACAACUACCACGUACCAGUGUCAUCGUACACACGCAGCUCUCAGUACACACCAACAUACCACACACCCACCCUUUACACUCCCUCACAUUACACACCAUCGCACUACACACCCACGUACUCCUCCAUAACAAAGUACACCCCGACACAGAUCAGCUCCAGCUACACACCGUCACUUUACACAUCCACCUACAAGCCUGCGUCCACGUACGUCCCUUCAUACAGCAAGGCAUCGAGGUACACUGCGACACAGCGCACUCAGGCACAGGAGAAACCUGCACCGGUGAUACCUGUCACACCUGCAAAGAGGACUGUGCACUUUCCCAAUGACAUCGUCUUCCAGGAUAUCGUCAGACGAGGAGACAUGGAGCAGAUCGGUCGCUUCAUGAGGGCGAGGAAGGUCCGUGUGGACACCAUUUUCCACUCAGGUAUGGCAGCGCUACAUGAAGCCGUGUUAACAGGAAACCUGGAGACGGUGAAGCUGUUGGUGAAAUAUGGCGCCGAUGUUCACCAGAGAGACGAAGAUGGCUGGACGCCGCUUCACAUGGCCUGCAGUGACGGAUACCCAGAAAUCGCCAGUUUCAUGCUAAAGAUGGGAGCCAGCACAGAGGCUGAGAAUGAAAACGGAGAGAAGCCUGCGGACCUCAUCGACCCAGACUGCAAAGAGCUGCUCAAGCUGUUUGAAACAGGCUGUGUGUGAUCGGGACUCAAACCGACCCGAGGAAGAGAAGCUGCAGAGAGGACAGAAAGAUGAGCAGACACUUGAGAGAAGAAAGUAAAACACAAACUUAGCAGUACAAAAUACCAAAACCCUUGCUCACACUUUAAUCAUAGUGUUAUUUCAUUUCAGACACGUUCAGGUGGUUUCACUCUCAGCUCAUGUACCAACAAUAUAUCACCCAAUUAGACUCAUAUUUAUGAUCAUGAGCAUCUCUGUGUUUGAUCAGUGUGAAACAGUUACUCUUUAGGUAGUUGGUUGCACUUUACAGGCUGUUUAAUACUUUGUAUAAAUUCUACAGUACAGAAUUUUUCCUGGAUGUUUUAUAACCUUGAGUUUUAUUUCCUCGCUGCUGGGCAGAGAGAGGAUCGACUGAAUUAAAAACAGAACUUUCAAUGAUGAUCAGAAAUCCAAAUAACACAACCUUUGCUCUUCUUGCACCUCUACUGUCGCUGUGUUUUCUGUACUGUAUUAUUCUGUAGUAGAAAUACAAAUGUCAGCUAUUUAAGUCUUAUGAUUUUAUGUUCAAUAAUUAUUUUUGUACAUUUUCAUAAAUAAAGAAAUCAUUUUUUAAAUAUG